AUGGGCCCCUGUACCGCCUCCUCAUGCUGCUGCCAGGCCCCUAAUCUGCCAUGGGCCCCUAUACCGCCUCCUCAUGCUGCUGCUGCCAAGUCCAGAGUCUCUCAUGGGUCCCUGUACGGCGUCCCAUUGCUGCUGUCUCCAUCGCCACACUCUGCCAUGUGCCACUUUCAGGUCUCCUCACACUGCUGGUGUGUUCAAUUUUUUGUCAUAGGGUGCUGGCAGAUUACGGGCCUCCCAUAGCUGCUGCCAGGCCCCUAAAUCUGCCAUGGGCCCCUGUACCGCCUCCUCAUGCUGCUGCCAGGUCCACAGUGUCAUGGGUCCCUGUCAUGGCCUCCCAUGUGCUGUCUCCAUCGCCACACUUUGUGCACUUUCAGGUCUCCUCACACUGCUGGUGUGUUUCAUUUUUUGUCAUAGGGUGCUGGCAGAUUACGGGCCUCCCAUAGCUGCUGCCAGGCC